CCGCAUUCUAUUUUUCUAUGCGCGGAGAGCGGUGGAGAGAGAUCAAACAGUCGAGUUUUAUAGCCUAGAGAAAUGGGAAAAUAAUGAUGACGACAAGGUUUUUUCUUGGCUGAGUUGAAUAGCCAGCGGCGGGCUUUUAAAAAAAUAUAACAGGAUGGACUAUAAGGAAGAAAUGGAGGAAAGUCUAUUUGCCCUUCCAGAAAAGCAGAUUGUCAAGGUCGGGCGCACAGUGGCAGACGAGUAUAGGGAGAGGAGAAGCUUUGAAUCCCGUCUCAGUGUCGAUUUCGGCGUGAGUCCGUGACUGUAAAGCUGUGCCGAGAUCAUAAUUACGUUAUAAACGCCAAUCUUAUAGUGCUCCGAGGACUCAAGCUUGUCCAGGGCUUUUUGAACAAAGUCGAAUCAAGUUGUCACAUUCCACAAUUAAAAUUGUCUUUUCACAAAGUGAUUGAAAUGUGUUAAAAUCACGUCUAAGCGGGUGUGGCUUUGUGACUCGUGACGCAAUUCGCUGUGACUGCAAUUUCCGGGUUUGGGAAACUUUGAAUUCCUGCAUUUAUUAGGGAUCGUUCACCGUUGCCGCUUCAAGUUAAAUAUAAUCACUUUUCAAAAAAUGCCAACGGACAAUGAAAAAGACGAAAACGGUCCGGUCGAGACUAUUCCGCUGGAGGAGACUAUUCGGAAGCCAGCUAACCUGCCAAAUAGCGAACCAAGUGCUGCUGGCCCUAAUAGAAACACUAGUGAAAAUAUUGGAGUGGACGACGGUUUACUUGACAGUGGCAAUGGUGGAGGUCCUACAGGCCCAAAACCACAUCCAGCCGGGCCGGAUGCGAUUGAGCCGGGAGAAGUUGACGUAGAAGAACCGGAAAUAGGCGACAGGGGAGGAGAACAACCUAGACCUGGACCCAGGCCUAGUCCACGCCCAGAAAAUCCGUGGAAACCGGUGGAACCUAGAUAUCCACACGACCGGCCCGAUCCAUCCGUCAACAAUGGAAUCAAUUACACUACCAAAAAGAACAUCGCUCAAGGUAUGAUGGAUAUCGCACUGCUGACGGCCAACGCCAGUCAAUUGAGGUAUGUCAUGCGAUCUCCCUAUUGGGAUAUCUACCAUCAAGUGAACAUCGUACUCAUUUCAAUCAGCAUCGCUCUUCAGAUAAUAGCUGGUAUUUUGCUCGUUUUCAUCAGCCGCUACGACUACAAGAAAAAAGAGACUAGAGACGUAGCGCAAAUAAUGGGUGACGUGAUCGUUAUUUUUAUCUUUGCGGUUACCAUUGUCAACAUCUUCAUCGCUACUUUCGGGGUUGAUGACGAGCGAACUACAUUCCUCCGCUGGAAGCAAGCCUCCACCGAUGCCUCAUCCGAACCGAUUCACAUGAGCCCUGUCAAUUCAUCCCUUGUCCGCCCUUAAAGUCCCCUUACAUCCCUUGUCCGCGAGCCUUUAAAUUAUUUCAAUUAGCAAUAUACACACUAAAUUUCAUUUGGAAUUGGAAAUUAUAUUUGAUGAAACUAUAGACGAACGUAAAGAAGAAUCAAAAUUUAAAAAAUGAAUUUUUUUCAAGAGGAAUAUUUGUAGUUUCAUGCAAAUGUGUUGUUCGUUUAUUGUUUCUGCAGAUUUGCUUCCGUAAUUGGUAAAAGAGAACCAAAAAGAACAUGCUGCAUGACAGGGUGUUUGGCCAAAACUUCUGCUUUGUACAUUUUAAUCAGACCUGAAUUUACUUUCGACCAAGUUGCUACCCCACUGAUGUUCCAGAGUUGGUUCGAGUGUUCAGCAAACGGCCCGUUUUUCACCUUGAAAAUAAAUUUGAUACAGCCAAGGAACAUGUAGUCUUUGGCAAAACAUUCGACAAUGUCCUGAUUAGGAAAAGAUUUGGGUGGCAACCGCUGAUUUUCUACAAAAAGAUUGACUUUUAGUUUUGAAAUAUUUUUGCUAUUAAAAAAUUGUAACGAUACCGAUGAGUUGAGAACUUCCCCAAAUAAAAGGGACGAAUUGAUA